AGGGAUUUUUAGAUAUCAGCUCGGGCAUGGGACAAAAUAUACAUCAUGUUCAGAAAGCCAUCCUAAAAUAAAUAGUGCAAAUUUUAGGUCAGCACUGAUUUAUAUUGCAUCAUUGUGCUAUCUUAACUUCACUAGUAUUUAUUGUGCACUUACAGAGUUGAAUUGUUUAUAUAUCUGCAUGUCUUUAAUCUGUUUUAUGUAAAAUUGGUCAAAUGAGUGCAUUCAGUUGUGAUGGGAUAUUUGGUAGUCAUAGAAACCCAUCACCAACCCUCUUCUACAUGAGGCAAAACUCAGCAGUAAAACGGAGGAAUCAUUUUUCUUUACAUUAAAAUGAAACGUGCAGUAAACAGAGAGAGAAAGCUAAAAAGAAAGUGAAACCUUUACUGAGUAUAAUACAAGCUUCUACUGCUUUAAAUUUCCGUGUGUGCCGUGAACGCCACAUACGGCGCUUACGCACAUUCUACGUCGGAGUGGGGCAGGAGGAGAGGGACACUGUAAAGUAACACUGUCUAAAUAACGUUGAAUGUAGGUUAUACAGGCUGGGAACUGACAAAUAACUUUAAGUUGAUCUGUUAAGAAAGAAAUACAGUGAUAUUUUCCAGUCCCAGCUUGUGUCCAGCAGCCGUUCAGUGACCAGCGUUAUUCUACCCACAGCAGCAGAUGAAAACAGCAAUGCCUGAAAAAGAUGUCUCACAAAGAAGAUAAUGAAGGGAAAAAGAGCCCUCACCGCACUGAACUGUACACCAGCAUCCCUCGAACAUGUCUGCCCAUUGUGUACCACCCAGACUACAACAUCACCUUCAUGGGUCUUGAAAAGCUCCAUCCAUUUGAUGCAGGGAAGUGGGGGAAAGUCAUUCACUUCCUGAAAGAGGAGGAGUUCAUCACUGAUGGAAACCUCGUGGAAGCCUGUGAAGCUACAGAGGAGGAUCUGCUGGUGGUUCACACCAAACGCUACCUCAGCAGAUUAAAGUGGUCUCUAGUGGUGGCAACAAUCACAGAAAUCCCGCCCCUGAUGUUUCUGCCUAAUUUCCUGGUGCAGCGGCGAGUGUUGAGGCCAUUGCGGACACAGACUGGAGGAACAAUAAUGGCAGGAAAACUGGCUGUUGACAGAGGAUGGGCCAUAAAUGUAGGAGGAGGCUUCCACCACUGCUCUGGUGACAGGGGAGGGGGCUUCUGUGCCUACGCCGACAUCACUCUGGCCAUCAAGUUUCUCUUUGAGAGAGUGGAAGGCAUCUCCAAGGCUACCAUCAUCGAUCUGGAUGCUCAUCAGGGAAAUGGACAUGAGCGAGACUUCUUGGAGGACAAGCGAGUGUUCAUCAUGGAUAUGUACAAUCGCUACAUUUAUCCUGGGGAUACGUUUGCCAAAAGAGCCAUUAAAAGGAGGGUGGAGCUGGACUGGGGCACUGAGGACUCUGAGUACCUUCAGAAAGUUGAACUCCACUCUGAGGGAGCGCUGAACGAGGUCCGACCUGACAUCAUCGUCUACAAUGCAGGGACAGACAUCCUGGACGGGGACCCACUCGGAGGACUCUCCAUAUCUCCACAGGGAAUUGUAAAGAGAGAUGAGAUUGUGUUCAGGGCUGCAAGGCGGCGUGGCAUCCCCAUACUCAUGGUGACAUCUGGAGGAUACCAGAAGAAAACAGCCCGCAUCAUCGCUGACUCCAUACUAAACUUGCACCAGCAGGGUCUGAUUGGAGCAGAGGCUCUGGAGGCGGAGGGAUCAUCAUCACUGGUCACCAGUAUGAUGGGCAGCUCUGGAUCUGUGGGCUCAAAAUUCACGGCUGUGUGAGACACAACAAUCCUGAGGUGUGUCAUAUACAUGGGUAGUACUUAAAUGCACUUGAGUAACUUUAUGUGACAGAAGCGAUGAUACACUGAGGUAACUGCUGUCAAACUUAAAGUAGUUAAAUCAAUGGCCAAUGCCUGUUUGCACAUUAACAAAAAUAAUAAGCUUAUUUUUUAAUAUUUUUCAUUAUUUUAUGUGGAAGUUCGCACUUACUCAAAGGGAAUGAUCUCAAAGACAAAAAUAGUCCUGAAACAAUAGCAUUCUCCUGACUAUAGUUAAUUUUAUAAGCUCUCACAUACCACCAAUUGAGAUGUUGAAAUAUUCAUUAGAUGAAGAAUAAUGGCUUUUAUGUUUAAUGUAUUUUUGAGACAGCGUUUUAAAGAGGUAUUCUUUCAUCUCAGGAAAUGUAAUUAUGUCAUCUGUGAGAGAUUUGAUGUAUUAAUAGCCCAUGAAAUAGUAAAGAGGUUUGAUAUUCUAACAGAUACAUGGGGGGUUUAUUAAUAAUCUCGAUGCCAUUAAACGGUUAUGGAAGUGAAACUAGAUCAUUUCACAUGAAAGCUCAAACUAUCAAACUUAAUCUAGUGGUCAUUUUAGCCAUAUUAAUGACAUGUCUUCUUUAUUCCUCCUAUGGUUUUUUUUUUUUUUUUAAAUUCCAGUAUGAUUUUUACCCUAUGAUAUUCCAAUUAUUAGAGUUAAUGGUGUUUCAUUAAUCAAAUCCAGCCAUUGUGACUUAGUACUUUUGCUCUAAAUUUACUGUAUCUCUCUCUCUCUCUCUCUCUCUCUACAUGUUUACAUGAAGUCUUAAAUGGUUUUACUGUACUUAUCCUUUUUUUUUUUUUUUUUUUAAGUGAGAACACAUCUGAAACUCUAAAAUACUAUAAGCACUUUCUCUGGUGACAGAAAAUGAAAUAGCACUCCCAGACUCCUGGAAAUCAAUGUUCUUGCCACAAAGUGUCUGCGGUCUGUACAUCAAAGUUUAAAACACUUUACCUGUGUGAUUGUGUGAAAGAAGCUUUUAUUUCUGAAGUGCUAGCAGUCAUCUGCUGUAGGGAACUCUUUUAAUGAUGUUUACAUACACCGUCGAUGUGUGCGUACAGACAAAAUAGGUCUUUGGAUAUUUUUGGAUAAGUGGAAUUCAAGCAGCAAAUGACCAGUGUUAGGGGUAACUCGGUACAAGUGAUUUCUUUGAGAACUCAGAAUACUUCAUUGUUGUCCCUGUUAAAGCUGUGCAUUAGGUUCUUUGCAGAUGAUGUCACGCAGCAGCAGAGAACACUCCUUGGGGGCAAUUCUACAUAUAGAAACACUAGCAAAAAAGGCCAUGUUUUGAGCUGUUUGCUUAGCUAUGUCGAGCAUCCAAAGUGUGAAAAUAUAAACAUUCUUGAUUUUUAAGCUACUUUUGUGUCCCGAAAGCUGUGAAAUAUUCACGCAACAAAUAUGACAAAUCUAUCUGUUUUUAGGAUCCAGGUCAUUUGGCUCAGCUCGGUAGAACUGGCUGUUUGACUCCCAAACAGGUCUUCAUUUGUUCACGGUUUGGCUUUUUAAUUGUGGAUUGAAUAACGGUAAAGGAUGGAGGAAAGAAAACUAGCACUCAAAGGGGAGCUAGCUAGUGUGGCUAACAUCAAACAGCCAUUUCGUAGCACAAGCUCAUUCUUCAAUGGCACAUCUCUCGAUCGCUCACCCCACGAGAGGCAUCUGGCUGCAGACCCCCAUGGUGGGGCGUUUUGGGCCUCUCUGUUGCAGACUUCCACAAUGGAGCUAUCUCGACCAUAUGUGGGAAGUGAUGUGCUAACCCUUGUUGGGUUUUUCUUAGUUUGUGGUGUUUAUUUUUAAUUUCAUCCCUCUCCCCCGCAUCCUUACCUUAACCCUAAACUUUAGGGUUUGGGUGCAUAACCUUAACACUCAUUGGGUUUUCCUUAGUUUGUGCUGUGUUAAAUUUAAAUGUAUCACCCCCAGUAAAAUUUUGAUUUUUGUUCAUAAAAUUCUACUAUUAUGAAAAAAAGCCACUUACCAUAACCUCUGACAGCAAGCAGAAAAUAUACGCCAUUCAGUACGCCCCAAGAUUGAGGUCCCCCCCAUUGUAGACGUCUGCAACAGAUGAUCCCAAACUACCCCACCAUAGAGGUCUGCAGCCAGCUCCUCUUGCACUUCACAAGGUUUAUUUGGUUGACAGCACAUCACUGUUUCAAAUAAUAGUAUGUUUGGGGAAAACAGUUAGGAUCUUUUUGCAUUGUAUUUUUUGUUAUUGCAGCUCAUUUAGCCUCUUAGUUCAGUACAAGACUCUUCAAGACUCAUGUCUCCCUUCAUCUGGCUAGUCAACUCUAGGAUGUCUGAGGACUGAGUAAUUUGGGAUAUGGAUCACCACUAUGCCAGGCAUAUAAUUCAAAAUGCGCUGAAAAUCUAUUUUUUGUAAAAUGUAGGAAUCGUAUUCAAUGUAUGUAGAAAUUUUCUGAUGAAAAUUACAAAGUAGAAGUCUUUAGAACUGUUAAAUAUAAACUUUCCCUCAUUCCUAUUCAUUCUUUAUGGCUGUCCCUCACAUCCUGACCCCCAGUGGACAUUCUGACUCACAUGAUCGCAAAGAAUCUAUUCAAGUAACCCAUUGGUUUGGUACUUUUCAUAGAAGUAAAAAUGCUGUAUUACCCUUUACUUUUUGUUGCCACAUACACAGAAAAUCCCUGAAGCUUCUGCACUGUUUCUGCUUCUGUCUGACUUCUGGGCAGGUAGCUGUGGAAGGUAAACCUGCAAUUCUGUCAGUACGCAUGCAUAGCUUAGCAUCAACUAGAAAGAUGAAAGAGAGGAGAGCUUUUACUUUGUGGAUUUUUUUUCCUAUUGUGUUACAUUUUUGGAAAAAAAAGGAAAAUCACAAUAGGAAAAGUUCUAAAAUCUGGCAUGAUACUAUUUUACUGAAACAGCUGUGCCUGACACUCUUCCCUGUUUGUUUUCAAUGUCAGCAUAAUGAGGAGUUGUAAAGGUGAUAUCACAUUUGUGAAAAGGCUCCAGAGUAACAAAUUAUGGGCCGUAAACUAGGCUGUGUAAUGAUGGUAGAGUUAAUGCAUUCAAAGUCACACGUACACUUAGCUACAUGCUGUGGUCUGGGCGUUAUCAACGAUGAUUUUUCACCAUGCACAACACAGGAAUAUAACAGGUUACUGUAUAAUGUUAGUCAUCCUGCAACAUAAAGAGUUCCUUUUAGGAGUAACGUUACCCGGCACUGCCAAAGUUUCAUUUCUCUUGUGUUGCAGCCUGAUGCUCAAGUGAAAAAAACAACAUUUUUAUACUCAUUGUUCAACACUCAGUACCCCAUCAUGACAAAGUGAAAACAGAACUUUAGAAAAUUUUGCAUGUUUAUUGAAAAUGAAGAACUAAAAUAUAUUUUUGACAUAAGAAUUCUGACCCUUUGCAAAAACGCUUGAAAUUUAGCUCAGGUUGCUCCCAUAACUACGGAGCCCCAGACAUGACAUGGUCGAAAAAAAAAAAUUAAUUGUAGCCACAAUAUAACGUGCACGGAAUACUAAUUCGUGGCCACAAAAUACCAAUUUGUGGCCACCAAAUACUCAUUAAUAAUAUUAUUAUCAUUCCUGGAAAGCUUGGUAAGCAAAUCAAGCGCACCUUCUCUAAGGUCUGCGGUAGAGGCAGUAGAGGGGCUAAAGCUAUACGAUGGACAGGGGUAUAAUUGAAUUUCAUUUUAGGCUGGGAAUGCUACAAAGACAUUCUGAAAAGCCUGGCAUUGCAAAGGACCAUUAUUACAGAGAGGCAUUUAAACAGAGUAUUGAGAACCAGGGUGUGACUUGGACGCCGGGAUAGGAAGGUGCGCUUGAUUUGCUUACCCAGCUGUCCUGUAUUUUGUGCACACAUUAUACCUACUUCGUGGCCACAAAUUUGUAUUUCAUGCACAUGUUAUACUUAUUUCUUGGCCACAAAUUGGAAUAAGUAUUUUGUGGCCACAAAUUAAUAUUUUGUGGCCAUGAAUUAGUAUUUUGUGCACGUUAUAGCUAUAUUGUGGCCACAGUUUAAUUUUUUUUUUUGACCAUGUCAUGUCUAGGGGUCCUUACAUAUCUUUGGAUCUUUGAAAACUGUGUUUGGGCACCUUGAUUGGUGCCCCAGCCAAACCUGUGGUAAAUUAAUUUGAUUGGACAUGAUUUGAAAAGUCGCAGACGCCUCUCUAAAGAAGGUCUAACAGCUGACAAAGCCUAUCGGAGCAAAACCCAAGCCAUAAGGGCAAAAGAACUGCCUGUAGAGCUCAGAGACAGGAUUGUUUUAAGGCACAGAUCUGGGGAAGGCUUCUAAAAACAUUUCUGAUGCAUUGAAGGUUCCUAAGAGCACAGUGGCUUCCACAGUUUUAAAAUGGAAGAAGUUUGGCACAACCAGGACCUUUUCAAUAAUUGGUUGCCUUAGUAAUAGAGGUGACCAAGAACCUGAUGAUGACUCUGACUGAGCUCCAAAGAUCAUGUAUGGAGAAGGGAAAGUUCCAGAGGGACAACCAUCACUGCAGCCCUUCACUGAUCUGGGCUGAUGGCAGAGUGGUUAGACAGAAGCCUCUCCUGAGUGCAAAGAAUUUUUUGCACACAUUUACUGAUGUCAGUGUGUUAUAUCAGUUCUUUAUUUUGAAUGAAUUUGCAAAAAAAUUCUAAAUUCUGGCUUCACUUUGUCAUUAUAGGAUACUGAGUGUAGAUUAAUGACAGUAAAAAUGAUUUUUUUUCUACAGUAGCAUGAGACUACAACAUAAUGAAAUUGAAAAAAAGUGAAGGGGGUCUGAAUCCUUUCUGAAUGCACUGUUUGUGACUUCUUACUGAAGGGCAUUGUUGCUUAAACAAAUCAUGAAAUACUUUUGCAUGGUCCUGAGCAACUUUCCCAUGAUAUUGGCAUUUUCACUGUAUACCAUACAAAACAGGAUUAUUGCUGUGGCCUGGCAACAUGUACAGGUGCAUCUCAAAAAAUUAGAAUAUCAUGAAAAAGUUCAAUGUUUUUUGUCACUCUUUUC